GCUAAUCAUGCUAGAAACAUGCUAGCGACAUGCUAGUCAUGCUAGAAACAUGCUAGCAACUUUGCUAAUCAUGCUAGAAACAUGCUAGUGACAUGCUAGUCAUGCUAGAAACAUGCUAGCGACAUGCUAGUCAUGCUAGAAACAUGCUAGCAACUUUGCUAAUCAUGCUAGAAACAUUCUAGAAACAUGCUAAUGACAUGCUAAUCAUGCUAGAAACAUGCUAGCGACAUGCUAGUCAUGCUAGAAACAUGCUAGCAACUUUGCUAAUCAUGCUAGAAACAUGCUAGUGACAUGCUAGUCAUGCUAGAAACAUGCUAGCGACAUGCUAGUCAUGCUAGAAACAUGCUAGCAACUUUGCUAAUCAUGUUAGAAACAUGCUAGCGACAUGCUAGUCAUGCUAGAAACAUGCUAGCAACUUUGCUAAUCAUGUUAGAAACAUGCUAGCAACUUUGCUAAUGCUAGAAACAUGCUAGCGACAUGCUAGUCAUGCUAGAAACAUGCUAGCAACUUUGCUAAUCAUGCUAGAAACAUGCUAGUGACAUGCUAAUCAUGCUAGAAACAUGCUAGCGACAUGCUAAUCAUGCUAGAAACAUGCUAACGACAUGCUAAUCAUGCUAGAAACAUGCUAGCAACUUUGCUAAUCAUGCUAGAAACGUGCUAGCGACAUGCUAAUCAUGUUAGAAACAUGCUAGCAACUUUGCUAAUCAUGCUAGAAACAUGCUAGCAACUGGCUAAUCAUGCUAGUAACAUGCUAGCAACUGGCUAAUCAUGCUAGAAACAUGCUAGCAACUUGCUAAGUAUCUAUCUAUCUGACUGACUACAUUCAAACUUUAAAACUUCUAAAUAUAAAUUUCAGACUGAAAACCAUCCAAACUUAAAACUUCUUAAACUAUUUAAACUUUUCAAACUUCUUACCUUUUCAAACUUUUCAAACUUUUUAAACUUUUCAAACUUUUUCAAACUUUCUGGUCCGGCUUUCUCAAGCCAACUUAAAGUUUGUCUUGACGAACUUUUUUAUCUAGUUAUAUUUAUUAUAUUUCACAAUAUUAAAUUAAUUCACAAUAUGUGCACUGAUUUUAUCAAUCUUACUGUAUAUGAUGAAAACAGAUUUGUUAAUGUCAGUUGUCUCAUAACUGUCACACUGACAAUAAUGAAAUAGUACAUUAGCCUAAUCACGUACCUAUAUAAAAUCUAAAUAGCGGAAUUAGACAAAAAUGUAUUAGUUUACAUUCCUGCGUAUUUAUGACGGUCGUUUAUCAUUUCUAUCGUAAGACAGCAAUCAAUGGUCGCGUGCAUUUACCUGAAAAUAAUUCCCCCAAAAUAGCGCAAUAAUCAUAUCCUAUAUCAAAACUGAAACAGAUUUACGGAAUGGUCAAGUCUUUAUUAAAGUGCUCCUAUUAUGCCUUUCAAAUAUGAUCUUUCAUAUAGUGUGUAGCUGUAUGUGAACAUAAACUAUCUGCAAAGUUGUGAAGCCCACAGUGCAUGAUAAAUAAAGUUACUGUCUAUCAAAAAAAAAAAAAAAAAAAAAAAAGAGUUAGCUCACAUUUACCUGAACAAGUCGUCAGGAAUUCAAAUCUUUUUCUUUUACGGCCAUACGUCACAAAGUAACAUAUUUGCAUAAUUUCCGCCCAUGCUCUACAUCGCGAACAACUUGCCGGCCCACAAACAGUAAAAUUUCCAUGUGGUUUACCUCACAAGGAAAUUUACACGUACAUUAUACAGAAGACGUUGUAUCCUAUGCUGUGAGUAUUAUUAUUGUUUUAUAUUCACUUCCAAAAGAUGAAUCUACAAAGAUUGUAUUUUCUAGCGAUCGUUCAAAAAAGUAGUUGUGUAUGUUAUGUUGUGUAACAACCCUGCACAUGUCUUGCUAACUGGCUAACUCAUGCUUCUGUAGUUCUGUUGUUCAGCUGUGGACCCACUGUAGUCUGACAAUUUGUGAUUGAUGCAGCUUGAUUGUCUGUCUGUCUCAUUAGUUGGAGUAAUGAUAAAGGAUGGCGCACAAAGCGGCUUUCACACCGAAUGCAGAAAGCGCUGUGCUAUGAAACCCAUUCGUUUCAAUUGCUUCCGCUGCGCAAGGAUGGCUUGUUUCUGCAUUGACCCAGUGGAGCACGAAAAGGCGCGCACGCCGCUGACAAAUCUGGUGUACAGGUUUGGUGUGAGUCCAGCCACACAGAGCUCUCAAACGUUACACGCACAGCAUGCAAGCUUGGGGCAAUAGUUUUCCGCCAGAGAGCAAAGACCUCACUGAUGAUGUCAUUCAUGGUGUCUACACCCUUUGCUGUGAAUGAGUGCCUGGUUGUCAAUGCAUCAGUCACAAGCAAGAAUGAGAACAAUGACACAACCCAAGAUAAUUGUGCAACUACAUCUGUGGUAGUUAAACUUCCUGUUAAUGUGGUGGUAAAUGAUGGAGGGUCAACUCGGUUUGUUGAAUAUCCUAACAGUGCACAACUUGAGCAUGUGUAUACGGUGGAGAACACUGGAAAAUGGUCUGUUCCUGUGAAUAUUUCCUUUGUAUUUCCAGUGAAGAUGGCAUUAGGUUUCUCAUGGAGUGUGUCUCUUCCUGAAAUAAAUGGAACCAGUACAACUUGUGAAAACCAAGUUUCCCCCACAAACAGCAAAAGCUCCAUUUUGACACAUCAGAACUGCAGUGCUUCAACAUGUCACCUUAUUGUUUGCUCCAUCCAGCUAUUGACUGAUCAAUCAGUCAGAUUCAGGUUUACUGGAAAUAUUAGUUCAGACAAGCAGGGAUCUGGUUUGCAUGUUAGGAUCAUGAGCUCUGCAUUUCUCUCAUUUGACACUGAGAGGUACAUCCAGUAUCCCUCUGAUGACUCUCACCAGCUAUCUAUUGUGACAGAGUUGGAGUUCCCGUCUCAGGCUCUCACAGUGCUUAUUGCCUCACUGUCUGUCAUUUUUGGACUCAUCGCUAUGACGAUCAUCUUUGUGCUGCUGUAUAAAAGGGGCUUUUUCAAAACAGCUUCAACUGAUGACCAAGACAACCCGGCGCUGCCAUCUGCUGGUGAAACUGAUUUGACUACAGUCAGCAGUGACCAAACUAGAGCAGAAAACCCUGGUGAGAGUACUGCAUCUAAUGGACAACCUGGACACAUGAAUGAAGAGAGAUCAACCCUGUAGUUAACUUUUACCUCGCUGAUCGACUACUAAAUAUACUAACUAUAUUAAAUAGUUAUUAAUAGUAACUAGCAGUAAUUAAUAGUAACUAAAUAUAGGGUAGAGUGGGGGGAAAUGCCCCCUUUAAGGACUGUGUAUUUUUUUUCUGUGAAACAUAAGUAAAAUGUGUUCAGAAAAAAAUAUCAUUGUUUUCGUGACAAUGACAUAAAUUUAAACAAAGUAUAAAAAAUGUCUAGAGCUUUCAUGUUAUUAGAUUUUUAACAAAAAUUAAAUUUGUACCAAGUGGGCGUUUUAUUCUUAUUCUAUAUUCUUAUUCAACCAACUAGUUAGAAUUCAUCUGAUGGAAAAACAAAGAAUUUUCAGAAUGAACUACUAUAAUUGCCCAUUGCUCCCUGGGGGUGUUUUACACCACCUGGCUGGGGGACGUUUUACCCCACUGAUUAUGUUUAUGUUAGCUUAGAAUGUAGCCAAAGCCAGCAAAUGUCAAUCACAGCAUUCACUACAACCUGCCACCGCUGCGAUCCCGCCCGCGCCGUCUAUUCCUCUGAACGAACUUGUGGUUGUGUGGACUUUCUAAAAAUUAUAUUGGCUUGCUUUUCGUUUAUCUCUGCGACUUCAUUUCCUGCCGAGCGCCUUUUUUCGUAGCUCACCAAACCACGUCGAUAAUUUACUGAACAAAAAUGCAUGGUCUUGAGUAAGUAAAAUGGGCAUUGUUGUAUUGUUUUGUUUUUAAAUGACAUAGCCUGCAUGAUGUACGUUUUAAAAGCUGUUUUAAUGCUAUUCCUUGAUAAACGUUUCUAUUGUUUUUGACUUGUUUUAAUAUGUUAUCUAACAUUAUACGAAAAUGAAUAAUUACAGGCUAUUGAUUGAUUUUAUAUUGUUCAAUAUUUCCCCAGCUGAUUUGAAUAAAUAAGCUAUGCAUUGGC